AUGCACGACGACGCGGCAUUCACGGCGUUCCUCUCGCACGAGUUCGACCGCCUCGACGCCGACGGUAACGGCGCGCUCUCGCUGGGCGAGUUAAAGCCGGCGCUACUGCGGCUCGGGGAGCUAUUAGGGAUGCCGCCGGCCGGGACGGCACGCGAGGUUGACGAGCUGGUGGAGGGUCUUUUCGCGUCGUUCAUGUCGCCGGAUCUCACGGAGGAGAUUGGGCGGGAUUCGUUUGUCCGGGUUUGCAAGGAUAUUCUUAGCGGCGCGAGCCACGCGUUAGAAGAGGACCCGCUAUCCACGCUGGUCUACGACGGGGGCGCGCUGCGGAGAAUACUGGGCAGCGCGGAGGAGGCGGAGGCGCUGAUUUCGGCGCUGUUCGCGGAGCUGGAUACGGACGGCAGCGGGUGCAUCAGCAAGAGCGAGCUGCGCCCCGCGCUCGUGCGGUUGGGGCUUCACGGGGGCGACAGCACCACGGCCGAAGCGCGCGAGCACCAGGAGCAGGUGCUGGAGCGAAUCAUCGACCGGUACUGUCUGGACGGCGACGGGGAGCUGUGCCGCGACGAGUUCUCGGCGCUGCUGCUGGACGUCUUUAAAGACCUCUCCUCCGAGCUCGAGGCCGCGCCGCUGUACCUGCCGCAGCGCGCCACCGUGCUCAACGGCGCGUACAUAAAAAAGAUCCUGAACGACGACGAGUUCUUCACGGCGGUAUCGGACUCUAUGUUCGAGGAAUGGGACGUCUCCCACAAGGGCUACCUCGUGUGCACUGACGCCAUAGCCGGCUUCCGCAAGCUCGGCCUUGCCUACGGGCUCCCUCCGCCCGACGCCGCGGAAGCAGACAAGGUUUACACGUCGCUCUUCCUCUCCGCGGACGUGAAUCUGGACGGGUUUGUGGACAAGGGGGAGUUCCGCACGCUGCUGCGCUCGCUCUUCAUCGGCAUGCAGCUGCAGCUGGAAGAGACGCCGCUCGUGCUCGAAUCGUCCGUGGAACCCAAGGGGGAGUCUAGAUCCGACGGUACAGAAUCCGUUUUCGACGGGCCGAAGCUGCUCGCGUUGCUGCGCGAGGAGGGCGGCGGGCAGCGCGUGCGGAGAUUUUUGGAGGAGAAGUUUCAAGAGAUGGAUAAGGACGGGCGGGGGCGGGUUCCGCGCGAGGCGGUGCGCGCGGUGGUGGCGCACGUGGAGCAGACGAGCGCGCUGCCGUCGCCGCGGCGGACGUCUUUUCAGGCGCCUCAAAAGCGCGCGGAGCAGACGAGCGGGCUGCCGUCGCCCAGACGGACGUUCUCCGCGGGGAGCCCGGGGGUGGGGGGAAGACGAGGGGAACGGGAAUCCCAAGCGUUGUUAGAAUCGGCGCGCAGACGAGGGAAUAUAGCGCCUGCUGGGAUUGCUGCUGGGAAUGCUGCGGGGGACGCGGGGAGUGGUGAUUGGGAGAGCGCGGAGCAGGAGGUGGCGUGCGAGGAGUUUGUGGAUGCCAUGAUGCGCGUGCUGCAGCGCAUGGGGGACGCCGUGCAUGGUGCGUGCGGGUUCAAGGGAAUGGACGACCCUAUCCCGUGGCAGCACUUCUUGGCGGACUUCCCCCGCCACCCCUUCCCGUGUGCCUCAUUCUCCGCCACCCCUCCUCCCCUGCCACCCAUCCCCCGCACUCCAGACGACCCUAUACUGCAGUUCAUGGCGGACGGGGCGAAGAUGCAGCAGCUGAUGGAGGAGGAGGGCGAGCUGGCGGACGACCCCGUACUGCAGUUCAUGGCGGACGGGGCGAAGAUGCAGCGGCUGAUGGAGGAGGAGGGCGAGCUGGCAACGCUCAUCGACAUUCUCUUCAGCAGCCUCGACACCGACGGCAGCGGCACCAUCUCCUCCUGCGAGCUCAAGCCAGCGCUCUCCACCAUGGUGCAGAACAUGGGACUACACACGCUCUGCCAGUGGUUGCAUGUAGUGGUUGCUAGAGAGCUCAAACCAACCCUUUCCACCAUGGUGCAGAGCAUGGGCCUGCACACCCUCUUCCAUGAGUGCAUUGCAGCUUCACUGGUAGACCUCCUCCUCUCUGCCUCCCACCCCACCCCUCACCACCGCGCAUCACCCCUCCUCUCUCUAUAUCGCUCGUUCUCUCUAUACUGGGCAGGGAGCGCGUCAACAGAGAGGGUGGUGGCACAGCUGGUGAUGACGCACGGCAAGGGCCGGAGUGCAUCAACGGAGAGUGUGGUGGCGCAGCUGGUGAUGACGCACGGCAAGGGCCGUCUGGACCUCUCCCGAGACCAGUUCACUGCCUUCAUGCGCGUGCGUGCUGCUGUUUGGAGGGGAGGGGAGGAGGGUUGGGGCUUGCAUGUGGGGGGGCUUGUGUGGGGAAGGCUGGGUCCUCUAGACCUCUCACGAGACCAGUUCACCUCCUUCAUGCGCGUGCAUGCUGCUGUUUGGAGGGGGGUUGGGUUACACCUCUUUCCACCCUCCUCCAUUGCCCUCCCGCUCCCUCACUCACUGCAUCCCCUCCUUGAUCCCCCUCCCUCGCACCCUCUGCAGGCCACUGGCGGGAAGACUGGCAGUCAGACUGGCAGUCAAGCCAGUCAAGCAGGCCACGAUGCCACGGUGUCUGAUCUGGCGGGCAGGCUGGCAGCGAAGCCGGAGGAGGAGGAGGAAGGGCAGGUGCUGGACGGCAGUAAACUGCGCCAGGUGCGGUGUGGGGGAAAGUGGUUGGGCGGGGGAGGGCACAAUACCCAUUGCUCUGCUCCUCACCCCCACAACAUCCCCCCGCUCCCCUCUCCCUUUCCCCCUUCUCCCCUCUUUCUCCCUCCCUCUCAACCCUCACCCUUCCCCCCCUCGCCCUCUCCCCUCUCCCCCCCUCUUCACCCUCAAAUCCCGGGACACCGGUGGCUCUUCCAGAAGAUCUGUGAAGAAACCUUCACCGCAUGGGCCCUGUCCAGGAAGCAUCACCUCUUACCCACUCACCACCCCUUUCACUCCCCGCUGCCCUCCCCUCCCACCUCUCCCCCCUUGAGAUCCUCGGGGACAGGCGGCUCUUCCAGAAGAUCUGGGAGAACACCUUCACCUCCUGGGACGUGUCCUGGAAGCGCUGCCUCUCCCCCUCUUCCCACUCCCUCUCAAUCCACACCCUUUCCCCCCUCUCCUGCUCUCCCCUCCCACCUCUCCCCCCAUCAGAUCUUGGGCGACCGGCGGCUCUUCCAGAAGAUCUGUGAGGACACCUUUACCUCGUGGGACGUGUCAAGAAAGCGCUGCCUGUCACGGGCGGACAUCAGUGCAGGGCUGGCGCGGUCCGGCAUGAUGUGGGGGCUGCCCCCCCACAACGCACGCAACGCCGAGGAGGUGUACGACAGAUUCUUUCUCAAGGCUGAUCUCGACCGGUCGGGGUCGGUGGAGCGAGCCGAGUUUAAUGUGUUUCUGAGAGGCGUGUUCCGAUCCAUGGCUGAGGAGUUGGAGAAGAAUCCUCUUGUGGUGCAUACAUCCAAGGUUCGGCCACCCAAUGCUGGCUCGUUGUGA